CUUUUUUUUUCAUGUACAGAGUUCAGCUUUGCUGUAAGGUUUCUGCCGUUGAUGCCGCAAGCGCUGCAGUGAACUUGAAUAAUGGUUUUCUUCAACCCUUCUCAGCACACGACGCUUCUGUCGAGGUGUUAACUUCCAUGGACAGCCUGAACGUCUCUGUGAGAUGGUUGCAAUUCCAUCUGUGUUAAAUUUUUGUUUCACUUUUGCUACAGUAUUCUGACUGAUAAGGGCCUAAACCAUUGCUGUUCUUCAUGUAGCCUUCACCUUUCUUGUGUAAAGAAAUUAUUUUCUUUCUCAGGCCUUGUGACAUUCCUCUUCCAUGUGGUGCCAUUACUGACAGCAU